AUGUUCCUACACAGGAAAUUUCCCAGUGUUAAAUCAGCAGUGUUAAAGUGUAUUUACUCUGAUAGAGUCAUUAUGACAACAGCUGGAGCAAAACGCCCCCCAGUGUGGGUGAUGAUUCCUGGAAUUAAAAGAGGCAGUGUCAACGUUACUCUAGAAAGCUCCUCCCACCACAGACUGGUUUUCAAACCAAGAGGAUUUUUCACCACGCCAUUUUCUUCACAUCAGUUGCAGGGAAGCAUGCUGCUUAAAGCAAAACUCGGAGGUGUGCAGAAAUUUGUUAGAGUAUCUGAGCCAAGCCUUAAGGAGUUUUUGAUUGCCGCAUUUGCAAAGUUUGGUGCGCCAGCCGUAACAGAAGGAGUGAAAGUUUUUGAUAGUUCAGGGACUGAGUUGGAUGAGGAUGUUUUUGAGGAUAUAGUAACAGAUCCCUCAAUCGGGGUACUAACCAUCAAAUAUGAAACGGGUCUGGAAACAUCUGUUGCAGAAGUGUCUCCUGAGCGGUUCCAGUUAUCAUCGCCACAUUCAUCAGAUUCACAGGAUACGGUCAUCCUUUCAGACAGCCCUUUGAGGAAACGUCAGAAGCUGGAUGCAGAAGCUAAGCAACACCAGGAGAUGGAUCAUCGGGUGAAGACCAGUGUGGUGGACCAACUGUCAGACGAGAGUUGCAGUUUGUUACAGAGAACGUGCUGAGUGAGGAUGAGUGCAAGGAAGCAAUCUCUCUGAUGAAACAUUCAGCUGAUGAAGACACAGUCAAGAAGAAGAUGAAGUUGACAUUUGUUUAUCGACAUAACGUGGUCCUUGACCCCCUGCUGUCAAGCAACAUACUGUCUGUGUUUCCACGUUUCAAAGAUAUCAAAGGCUUGGUGAAUAUUUUUCAUUACGUUGACAAUGUAAACACAUUUUAUUUUUUGCAGAUAGCAGAUAUAAUUCUCUGUUCUCUAUCCCUGUUACAGAUCGAACAGGAUUUUGUACUGAUGUUUGGUGAGGAUGUAUCAGGCAGGUUGCUGGAGAGGUGGCCAACAACAUUCAAAAGAAGAGAUUAUCCAACAAGGCAGAAAGCUUCCUUCUACCAGUGACCUGGAAGAACUCUUGCUGGCAGCUGACUCUCCUGAGGAUGCCACUGAAGUUAAUCGCUGACAU